UGAAGCCCGCAGUUGGCAGCCAUUUUGUUAGUCCAUUUAGAGAUUUCGCUCGUGGUAGUCACCGUCAUUCUCGUGCGCGAUCUAGAAAACCGUGAGGAAGACCUACUGAACUUCAGCACCGAACGAGUUACUCUAGAACUGCAACAAUGUCGGAACGCGAAAAUAACAUCUACAAGGCGAAGCUGGCCGAACAGGCUGAGCGAUACGAUGAAAUGGUCGAAGCCAUGAAGAAGGUCGCCUCCAUGGAUGUGGAGCUGACGGUGGAGGAAAGAAAUCUCCUGUCGGUGGCUUACAAAAACGUCAUCGGUGCACGUCGUGCUUCUUGGCGGAUAAUCUCUUCGAUAGAGCAGAAGGAAGAGAACAAGGGAGUGGAGGAGAAGCUGGAAAUGAUCAAGAACUACCGCUCACAGGUUGAGAAGGAACUGCGCGACAUCUGCUCAGACAUUCUCGAGGUGCUUGAUAAGCAUCUGAUCCCGUGUGCAACGACCGGUGAAAGCAAGGUGUUUUACUACAAGAUGAAGGGCGAUUAUCACCGUUAUCUGGCUGAGUUUGCCACCGGUGGUGAUCGUAAGGAUGCCGCCGAGAAUUCGCUCGUCGCGUACAAGGCUGCCAGUGAUAUCGCGAUGACUGACCUUCCACCAACGCACCCAAUUCGAUUGGGAUUGGCUUUGAACUUCUCAGUAUUUUACUAUGAAAUCCUGAACUCUCCGGAUCGUGCCUGCCGUCUAGCGAAAGCCGCAUUCGACGAUGCUAUUGCCGAACUGGAUACUCUGAGCGAAGAAAGCUACAAAGAUUCAACGCUAAUUAUGCAGUUGCUUCGGGACAACCUCACCUUAUGGACAUCCGACAUGCAGGCAGAUGGAGAAGGUGAACAGAAGGAACAAAUCCAGGAUGUUGAAGACCAAGACGUGUCGUAAUUUGCGCGCGUCUCGUUUUAUGUGUGAGUUUAUUUUAUUAAUUAAAAAAGGAAGAUAAGAGAUAAGCAUUAAGAAGUAAGAAAAUAAACAUAAGAAAUAUACACAAAACACAGACAUAGAGCAACAAGGGAUGGAAUAAAGGAAGAAUUUCUUGCAAAAGAUCCACUCUAGCAGUCGAAGUGUGAAAUACCCAGUCCCGGCAGCAAAUAACCAACAUUUCCAGAGAAGAGACUAGAACUUAAAUACCGGACUAAAAGCAGAACUCUCGGUUGCAUUAUCGAGAACCAUCAAAAGAAGUAAGGAGAAGAAGGAGAGGAGAGGAGUGAGAGAGAUAGAGAGAGAGAGGUAGGGGAGGAGCAAAAAGGAUCGAUAGAUAUUGAAGGUUCGAUUUGGAAGAAGAGCCGAAAAAUAAAAACAUCAUUUAUUCAUAAAAUAAUACACACAUACACCCGCGUGAAAAGCGAAUUAUCUCUUAAAAAAUAACAACAAUGCAAAUCAUGAAAAAAAGCAUAUAAGAAGAACACAGAAAAAGGGCAGCGCAAUGAAAACCAUCCAGCAGCAGCAGUCCGUAGGAAUUUGUCACCGUUGAACAGUUUCCUACGCAGAGAGCGGACAGUUAGCAGCAUAGCGCGCAAAAAUGUAAGAAAAACUCACAGCAAAACCGAAAAAGAUCAGUAACAACAAAACCUCCACUGAUGUGCGUGUGUGUGUGUGUGCAGUUUGUGUAGAUUGUCGAAGAAGAUCCAGAAAGAACAUACUUACGAUAUUCACGAUCUCGUCCUACUCUCGUAUUCCAUCUUUUUUUACCCUUGUCGCCCAAUUUCACUGCAUUGCAUCCCCAUCACUACUUGCAUCUCUGGAUUUGUGUGCAUUUUCUUACUCUGUGUGUGUCAGCUUGCUGAAAAGCAUUAUCAUAUACCGCCCGUAGUGUAGACACACACACACCACACAUACAUAAUUUAAGACAACUUAGAUUCCCUGCAUUCUCAUAGUAUAGAUAAAAGAAGAAAUGUUUCGUGUUUCAUCGUAGCAAAUCAAACAAAUCCACAACUAUUCCACCGUCAUCAACUACAACAAACGCUAUUAUCACCAUUACACCACCACGAUCGCCGCUGCCGCCGCAACCAGAAUGCUUCCACGAAUGCUACCCGUCCCGCCCUGUUGUCGUUGCUGUCGUCGCUUUUUUUUUUCUACCCGUUCGACCCGACUGCCAGCACAGCCAGCCAGCCAGCCAGCCAGCUAGCCAACCAGAAUGCAGAUGGGGCAAAAGCCCUUUUCUCCUGUGGUGUGGUGCGCAUCGUAUGCGGAAACAAACGUGCAUCGAUGAAACAUCCAUCACUCUCUUUACCUCGCGUUGGUGCCACAGUGUAACUAAGACCAUUGCGUUUCUCAAUAAUGGCGCUCUUCCAACAAUGAUUGAUUGGCUGCUGCUGCUGCUAUGAGCAACAUCAUUGUAUGCAAACACAACCGCAUGGCAUGUAUAUGUGAAUCAUAUGAUGAGUCAUACUCCUUUUUGUUACUUUGUGUCGCUUUGUAACUUGUCCGUGCGUCGAUGGUCGGAUCCAACAGUGUGUGUGUGUGUGAUUCAAAUGAUCCACAAACGGCGGGGAUUGUACACUGAAGUACGUACGUAGCAGAGAGCAAUCGAGAAGAGGACGCGUAAACGUACCAGAAAUUCAUACUAUUGAUUGCCGACAAACUGUAGGGAAAGCAGUAUAACAACCAGUAACCAGUGAAGCAAUAUUUAAAAGUAAAAACAGGUGUGUGCGUCGCACAAUAACGAGAGGGGGGCAGGUGGAAGUUAUAAUACAACACUAGUGCGUGUGAUGGGAUCGUUGCGCAGACACGGGAGAAAAGGGAAAAGAAACCGCACUACCGUUGUUUCUUAUUUGCGGAGCAGGAUUGUGGAAUUUAACGCAUAAGUUCACUCAUAUUCCUCUCCAUAUUUGAUCGACCGACCGUUUUUAACUUUGCUUUACACAACACAACUCCUUUUGCUACUACACCAAAAGGAUGCAAACAAUCCGGUGUGCGUUAGUGUGGCAUGCAUAUGCAACAUACAGACUCUGGAAACGACAUAGACAAAAGUGAGGGGAUUGUAAGUCAAUCUAGCAGCGCAACACAACGCAUAAUAUCUAGCCAGUGACGACAUCAGGGCUUCUGGGUGAACACAGAUCCUCCCAGCUUUUCUGAACAGCCAUUUAAGUGUAAACCUGCUAACAAACAGAAGCGCGCGUACCAUUAUUAGAACAGAGUGGCGUGGCAAGCAAGGGAGGGCAAGUUUAAUGUAACAUCAGCAGUGAAAACAUGGCAAAAGAAAUAGAGAAACAGAAAAAUCAUCAAUCAAACCCAUUGAUCGUGUAUUGUUUUUGUCAAUAUAUAUUAAAAUAAAGAAAUUAAUGAAACAGAUAUGAAGUCGAAAACGCAAACACAAUUAUCACCUAGCAGCCGCAAUAGGGAUCGAAGAAGAGAAAACGAACCAGAGGAGGAACACUCAAAAAGCUGACUGAAGAAAUAGAAUCAGUCAGAAAUGGUUUGGUUGCGUUGUAUGAUGCGGAACUAAAAAUGGCACAAGGAGAGGAGAUAUGCACUAUGUGUGAGACGCCGCACUGACGAAAGGAAAUUGAUAGCAAUUGACGAUGCACUCUGCAGCGUGGAAAAUAUGGAAGGGGGAGAAGCGGAGGAGGAGUGGAAUGUUCGGAAGUGAAAGCGCAGUUUUGAACGGUUUAUUUGUAUUAUUAUUAUCAAUAUGAAAUCUAGCCAGAGCAAUGUAAAACAUUAUUACGCGAUAGAAGUCAAACCACAGUAUCAUUUAGACGGGCGCGAAGAGGCGCAAAGGCGCCGCGUGCGUUUUGUGUAUAGCGCUCGAGAAAGCUCGACCGAGGGCGGGUAUAGCUGCUGCCUUAGGGCCACCCCCUGCUUUCAGAUUGAAUUUUUAUGGCACGUGUUUAGUGCAAGCACAGGCACUAUGGCACGAAAGGAACCAACCGAGCAGCGAUCAGUUGUGUAGCAGCAGUGCUUAGCUUAACUUUGGUCGUGAUCGAUUUUAUACAUCGUAUGAUUACCGAACUAUCCGUUCGGCUACACUUCCUUUUCCUGUGUGAAUGUGUGUGUGUGUAUGUCUGUAUACUCAUGUAAUUCAAAUUUCUCAUUCUACUGUGCUGCUGAAUGGUUGGUUAAUGCAUGCGACACAAAAAAUACCAGCAGCCUCGAACACAUGUUACUUAGGGUGGUUUUACUACUACAACAGCAGCUACUACUGCUACUACUACUACUCGCCUUUCAAACAGCGUCCGCAGAUAGCUGGAACAAACAGUAAACUAAAAUCAAACGAAACAUGUGGAUCGCGCUUUUGCCAAGCAUGCAUAUGGACAGCAACAAACGCGGUGUGAAUUUCCAUUAUCGUGAACAUUACUUAUCCAUCGUAAAUACACAUACAAUCGUCACAACCCAAGAGAAAAUGAACAAAAAAUCACCCCGUGUCGUCCCGAGCAAUUUCCGUGGUCCCGCACAAGAGGCAUAAUUGGGGGGAAAGAAGCGUAAAAAAACAAUAAUGCAAUAAUAAUGUAUCAAGACAGCAGUAUAUAUCACGUCAGGUCUAAACGUAAACGUUUUAGAAUUAGAUGAUGGUAUAGCCGAAAGGACUCGUGCCAGCACUCGCUCGCAAAAACAUUACACACCGUUUGACUAAACCAUAAAACGCUAAGCGCGAGAGCAGCUCCCAUCUCCUCCAUCAGAACAGCUCCAACACGAGGAACAUCAUACACUUCUUAGCAGGUUACAAAACUGUAGAGCAAUCGGUGUCAGUUAAAACGCGUAGGAAGGGAAAUAUCUG